CUUGAAAUCAUGAAUCCUGUUUAUAGCCCUGGAUCUUCCGGGGUUCCCUAUGCAAAUGCCAAAGGAAUUGGUUAUCCAGCUGGUUUCCCCAUGGGGUAUGCUGCAGCAGCUCCUGCCUAUUCUCCUAACAUGUACCCUGGAGCCAAUCCUACCUUCCAAACAGGUUACACUCCCGGCACACCUUACAAGGUAUCCUGUUCCCCCACCAGCGGGGCUGUGCCCCCAUAUUCUUCUUCCCCCAACCCCUACCAGACUGCCGUGUACCCUGUGCGAAGUGCCUACCCCCAGCAGAGCCCAUACGCACAGCAAGGCACAUACUACACGCAGCCAUUGUAUGCAGCACCCCCCCACGUUAUCCACCACACCACAGUGGUGCAACCCAACGGCAUGCCAGCAACUGUGUACCCUGCUCCUAUCCCACCUCCCAGGGGCAACGGUGUCACCAUGGGCAUGGUGGCUGGGACCACAAUGGCCAUGUCAGCAGGUACCUUGCUGACUGCUCACUCCCCAACUCCUGUCGCCCCCCACCCCGUCACUGUGCCCACUUAUCGGGCCCCAGGAACACCCACUUACAGCUAUGUGCCCCCUCAGUGGUGAUCACCCUGCAAAUGUUUGAGGACGGAGCUGUGCAGUCACAUCAUUGAGGUUCCACAGCUGGUGCUGCAGGCCUUGCGCCUCCAACCAGGACUUUCUUCUUAAUGCUCUCGACACUUAGCUAAAUACAACUACGUCCCGGCCCAGCAGGUCCCAGCGCCGUUAGUCCCAGCUAACUCUAUGGGUUGGUCUUAAAGCAAAUCUUGUUUUGUGGACUGCCUGGCAACUUUUUAGCUAAAUGUAAUGAUAAAAAGGGAGUAUUAAUCUAUUCUGAAUCAUAUCUAGUUGAAUGCAUGUUUAAAAAAAAAAACACACACAAAAACAAAGCUUGCUCAAUCUACCUGCAGUGACUGAUGCAAAACCAUCAUAUGCAAAACCCAGAGGAGUGGAAACGUUCCUACAACCUGUAUCACUAAUGCACUGUUGCAAUGUAUGCAGAGUCUUACAUAUAUAAGUGUUCAAGUGAAUUUCUUCAUCGAGCAUCUGAAACAUCUUAGAUGGUUCUUCAGCCUUCUUGGAUUUAUGUGGGUUGCAGUUAGGGACGUGGACUUUUUAGUUUUCCAGAGGCUGUUUCUUUGGCGUUGACUGCUCUAGGCAGGGUUUGCCAAGGAUGCAGCUGCUCAGUGCAUCCAGCUAGUGGAAGCCCCUUUUUGUACAUGGAGGUAUGAUGGGUUAGUGGGACAGAAGACAUUAAGUUCCUCAUGAAAGGUCAGAGUGGCGUGGCCAGUACAGUUAGGGGAAGGGUGGUGUGUGUGUCAGUAAAACAGUGCUCUUUGCUAGCCACAUUUUUAUUACAACUCUUACAGACAAGGUGAUGUUUUAUGUAUCUUUAUUGGGAAAGUCCUCUGUAAACCUAAAUUAUUUUCCUGGAUGGAGAUAUGUGAAAGAGAGGCAGCCACACUUGGAGGAGGCAUUGUUCCUCUGCUUUAUGUAGCUUAGAAAAUCAUUCCAUUUUUUUCCCCUGAGAAAUGUUGAGUCAGCUGAAAACACAUAGGCAUUGCUGUCCCCCCCACACACACACACACAGAAGGCAAAGAUUUCAGCUGUAUGUCAUAAGGAACAUUGUAUAUUUAAGAGUGAGUAAAAGGGAACACAAUUUUAUUUAAUUCCUCAUGUUUUUGUAGAGGGGCAGGGCUGAGGAUAUGUCUGAAGAUAGAGAAACUUGUAGCUUCUCCUGGGAUCUCCCACCUGAUAGUGACUUGUCCUCUAAGACUGACUGGAGGGGUCCCAGGGGUGGGGCAGAUAGGAGACAAGCCGGCCAGUGCUUAGUGUCUAGAAGCCUCUUCUGCUUUAUCUUCUUACAGCUGAAGGUCCUCAGCAUGAAAUGAGUAUGGGUAGCAGAAAGGGCUAGGCAGCAUGGAGAUGCAUAGCUAUGCCUGGAUUUAUUAUGGAAAGAGUUUGCAGUUGAAAAUCUGAAUAUUGUACAUAAGAAAUCAAGAGGUGUUUGUUUUGUUUUUGUUUUUGCCUAAAUAAGCCUGACUGUAUCGAUGGGCGUGCAUGUCUGUUCUGAGUCGGGGUGGGGAGAGUAUGAGGACUUCCCCUUGCCAUGGCCUGUGAGGCUUGUUACAUCCUUUCCUUUUCCUACUCCAUUGUCAUUGCGCUUGCGCGUGCUGAGUGCUUGGUUGGGAGGGGCUCUGCGCUUCUCAUGUCUGGCAGCUGUAUCAGAGCUCGACUGCUACUGGGGCGAUCGCCCAGGAGCUUCCAGCCUCACUUGGUGGGGGGAUAACUGACCACUGAGCCUUUCAUAACCUUAUUUUUUAUAGUAACUAUUCUUCAUAAUUUUCUUUUUCACAUUUUAUUUUAUAAGAAGUUUAGGAAUAUUUUUGCAUGGAUCAUUGUAAACAGAAGAUUCCUUAUUCCUGUUGUCUAUUAAUAUAGACUGUUUACUGAUAAGUACUUUAAAUUGCUUCAUGAGCACUUAAUCCACGUGAGAGAGUGUGUGUGUAUGUGCACACGCGCGUGUGCACCAGGCAGACAUUUAUCCAGGCACAUAGUCAUGGCCAUUUCUUCAUGUCUGUGUGGUGAUUCCACCUGUAAGGUUUGCAGUAGCCACAGGUUCUAAGGGCUCUAGGAUUCAGCUGACCAAGGAUCAGAGUAGUCAUUUUUCCCAGUUCUGUGAUAAUAGAUUAGGAGAAAAUACUCAAGAUUCCAUUGUAUGCUUUAAAAAAACCCACACAGCAAAAAUAGUGCGCGCACACACACACACACACACACGCAAGGAAACAUCUCUGCUUAUAAUGGGUGGAGCCAUUCUCAUUCAGGAAGAAGUUACAAAUUUUCUAGGAUGUCUCUGCAGGCUUGGUUGGACUUGCGCAAAUAGCUAAUGUCAUCACAAGCACUGAGUUAAGUUUUUAAGAGUGGGCUGCCUCUCUCCCAUUUACAUCAGCUUCAUAAACUCUUAUUUCUUGUAAUUUUUAGAAGUCUUUUUUUCCUUUUUGAGGAGUUUUAGAGACCUUACCAAAUAUUUUUGCUUUAAUAUAAUACAUCUGUGUAGAAAUCUUUUCCAUUUUGAAUCUGUCAGGGCACCUGGCAGUGCUAUCAAAUAAUGAUGAUGAAAAGAUCUUAUUUAUCAAGACUUUGAAUAAAAUGAUAGGUUAUAAUUUUAACAGCAUUCAGUGCCAGUGAAAUUAAUUAAGGAAUAGAGCUUGAGUCAAAAUUCUGUUCCAAAGCUGCAUAAUUUUGGUAUCCCAUGCGUAUUGUAGAAUAUUCUGAGAAAUCUGUCUUGUGUGUGUGACAUUCCUAAUUUGAGAGUCCUUCAGCUGAAUAUUACUCUUUCAGAAGUUGAGACAGGCAAGCAAAAGACCUAAUUCCAUAAACAUGGACAUCAUCAUGGAUAGUGAAACUGUUUUUGUUCUGUGCCCUCUGCUGAGACUUGGGACAUGCAUUCUGUCAGCUGUGUAGCUAUUGCCGCCAUUUCUUCACUCAUAGGAAUUUUGUUUGGGUCUAGCUGGGGGCUGAGCAUUGAGCUGUUGUCCUCAUGAGUGCACUGCCUCUGAGAAGUGUGGCAGGCUCAGGGCGAGGGCCUGUCAUGGUAACAGGCUCACUGGCGCUUCCACAGGGUACUUCCAGAACCUGUUCUGUCUCUUGUGAUGCAUCUUGUUGGUGUGGUUGUCAGGCCUGCCAGUUGCUGUUCUGUGAAACUUACUUGUGAGUGUUAGGCAGAUGUUGUCUCUGAGGACUAAGGGACUGAGGGAAGCCCUGGGCCUGGUCUUGUUUCCUGCCCUUUCCUGCUGGGCAUGCAGUGCUAUCUCCAUCUGGUGGUAUCAUCUGGCUAUGAGGAAUGAAGUCUAGGAAGGAGUUUGCCUGUGUCUUGGUGGACAUGUCAUUCAUGAGGAAAUAUAUUCUCUGGCAUCUGGGAAUGUGCUGUCAGUGCUGUUCCCACAUGGGAUCUCUUGAGUGUGCCAGUGGGGGGAUGGUGAAAGACUGGCAUGCCACCAGUGUUAAGUAUUAGAGGCUGCUUUAGAAAGGGGAUCAAAUUGUUUCACUCACUUUUAAACAUUUGAAAAACAGUAUUACUCUGACAGUAGGGCCACCUUCUCAUCUGGCAGCUGACCGGUGCCCUAGUCACUGGCAGCUGGGCAUUGCCUAGCCAGGACAGGACCUCUAGUGCAUGCACUAGCAGGUGGGUAAGGUUGUAGCUUGAGGCGGGGGGCAAUGUCUGGUCUUUCUCUCUGGUGCUUUCUAAAGGGUUCUUUAAAGAAGAAUGGGGCUGCCUACAGGAGGACAGAGAGCUUAGCUCUCAACUCCAGCACAUCUUGAAUGUGUGUGUCUGUGUGUGUCUGUGUGUGUAUGUGUUUUCUGAGCUGCUUAUGAUUCAGCUGAGCUUCUAAAAGGGUGGCAGACCUGAAUACUGCAGGUGACAUGUUGAGUGGGCCGGUUAGAAGCUGGGAGUUUGAUCUCACAUGUGUUUUAGAGGGCUCGUCACUGUUCCCUGACUCCCCAUUUAUUUGAAGAAUGCAGAACGUGGGGAUAACCUUGCUUUAGUCCCCAGGACUAAAGACCAUUAGCCACUUGGGACGGGCUGAUGGAGGAAGCAUCUCUGUCCAGGGCACCCAUGAGCUUCAGAGCUGGCACGCUCCCAGGACCAGAGCGGCAGUACCUCCCUCAGCAACACAGGACUGCACUGUGGCUCUCAUGCAGCCUAUUGGGCAGCAGGCAGCCUAGACUGGGCAGAUCAAGACGAGCUGUCCUGCAGUCCCACGGGGUUGCCAAGGCCAUUUAAACGACAGGCCCCAAGGAAUUUCAUGGGUCGUGACCGAAUAGGAAACAGUUACUUUUUUUUUUUUUAAUGAUUUUUAAAUACUGUUUUUUACACCGUUCUCUUGGUACUUUUUUUAAGCGUAAGUCGGCAUUGUCUUCCAGUGUUAAAAGCAUCCCUCACCUCUGCAUUGAACUUAGUGUCAAUACAAAGGAAUGGAACACUCAUCCUUAGCCAGUUCAAUUAGGUGUAAAUUCAUACUACAUUAA